UCAGCCUGGAUGCUGGGGUGGCUUGUCUGACUCUCACAUUUGUGUGUGUGUGAGGUUGUGCGUGUCUGUGUGGCAGCAGGCAUGGGCCCCUCGUAUUUCGGGAUUAUUGUGUGGCUAGCUGUCGCCCAUCACACGGCUACCUGCCAAGGGGAGACAGACAAAGAUUCCUGCACAGAAAAUGGAAGAAUCUAUGCCAACCAGGAGAAGUGGAACCCAGAGCCGUGCCGGGUCUGUGCGUGCGAUAAAGGAACAGCCAUUUGUGAGACUGUGGUUUGUGACGACAUGAGUGAGUGCCAGGGCAGUGUGACCCCCGAAGGCCAGUGCUGUCCUGUCUGUGUAUUGACCGCACCAACAACUCCAGAUGUUGAGGGGAAGCACAAGGCAAGCUGCACCGUCGACGGGACGGUCCGUGUUCACGACGACGUCUGGAAACCAGAGCCUUGUCGCUUGUGUGUCUGUCAUAACGGUGUCACUGUGUGUGACGAGGUUCAGUGUGAAAUCGUGGCAAACUGUGAGAAGGUUGUUACACGCGAGGGCGAGUGCUGUCCUGUCUGCGAAACCUUUGCCAGCUUCAGACGACCCACAGCAUUCAUGGGCUAUAAGGGAGAAAAGGGAGAACCCGGCGACGUCCCACAUAUUGUUGGGAUCCCAGGACCAUCAGGACCCUUUGGUCCUCCAGGAGCACAGGGCAGGACCGGACACAGAGGAUUUAAAGGAAGACGGGGAUUCCAAGGCCCCCCGGGCUUCGAUGGUGAACCAGGUAUUCCUGGAAAUCCAGGCGAGCCGGGUCCUCCAGGUCACCCCACACCUCCUGGGAGCCAGCUGAUGUCGCAGAUGGCUCUAGGUUUCAAUGAGAAGUCUGCUGGUCUGGCUGGGAUGGUGUCGCAGACGAGGGGUGAAAUGGGACCAAGAGGACCACCCGGCCAGUCGGGACCACCAGGGCCGAGUGGAGGUCAGGGCAUCCCUGGAGAGGCUGGAGACCCCGGUCCAAUGGGAGAACCAGGCCACCGAGGACCGGAUGGACCAGUGGGGAAACCUGGACCGGAUGGAGAACCAGGACCUGACGGUGCUGCUGGAGAACCAGGAUAUCCUGGAUCUGUGGGUGCAAGAGGUUUCCCAGGUUUACCUGGUCACCCCGGACUUAAAGGACACAAGGGUAUGGCAGGUCUUGCAGGGCCAAAAGGGGAACCUGGUGCAGUUGGUUCCAAGGGUUCAUCAGGUACAUCAGGUUCCAUGGGGGCCCCGGGUCCACAGGGACCAGCAGGUCAACAGGGAGAGAGAGGCAGAAUGGGGCAAACUGGUCCUGUGGGUAAACGCGGUGCAUCUGGUCAUGCGGGUAAACCAGGACCUCAGGGCCCGAUGGGAAUCCCUGGUAUACCGGGUUUCCCUGGGAGUCCAGGAAUGAAGGGUGAGGCCGGCCCCACUGGUACGAGAGGUGGUCCAGGCCAACAGGGACCAAGAGGAGAUGUGGGUCAUGUGGGGCCACCUGGUCCCACCGGCAAACAGGGAGCAGCGGGCUCUGAUGGUGCCCCAGGUUCUCGUGGUCAAACAGGUCUGGCUGGUAUUCAGGGCCCAUCAGGUCUUCUUGGCCCUGCUGGUCCUCCAGGCCCUCAGGGAGUCACAGGAGCACCUGGUGCCAAAGGACAAGUGGGUGAUGGCGGAAUUCCUGGAUUCAAAGGAGAACCUGGUCUUAAAGGAGAAAGAGGUGACCAUGGGGCGCCAGGUCAGAUUGGACCAAUGGGAGACGAUGGUAAACGUGGACCUCGUGGAGAUGCUGGUUCUCAAGGUCAACCAGGACCACCUGGAGAGACAGGUGCCCCUGGAAACAGAGGCUUUCCUGGUUCUGAUGGGUUGCCAGGUCAAAAAGGUGCACAAGGUGAAAGAGGAUUGCAAGGCUCACCAGGACCAAAAGGUUUCGCCGGAGAUGUAGGACGUGGUGGUGAGGCUGGACUCACUGGAGCUCGGGGUUUGGCAGGGCCUUUGGGUGCUCAGGGAGCAGAAGGAAAACAAGGCCCAAUGGGUCCAUCAGGAGACGAUGGGAAACCAGGACCAGCAGGCUCCACAGGGGGCCGAGGGGGAGCUGGAACUAUGGGCCUACCUGGACCCAAAGGCUUGGCAGGGGAAGCAGGUAAAAUUGGAGAAUCAGGCACGUCUGGAGCACCAGGUCAAAGGGGAGUGAAUGGAAAAGACGGAGAGGAGGGCGCUGCAGGACCGCCAGGUCCAGCUGGUCCUGCUGGGAAGAGGGGCGAGCAAGGACCACAGGGUGUGAAUGGCUUCCAGGGCUUACCUGGAACUCCUGGUCCUCCAGGCGAGUCAGGAAAACCUGGUAAUGAGGGUCUCGCUGGAGAGGCAGGAGAUGUUGGUGCGACAGGUCCUAGGGGAGAGCGAGGUCCUCCAGGUGAGAGAGGUGAAGUUGGACCAAACGGGUUGCAAGGACCGAAAGGUAGUCCAGGUGGACCAGGACCAGAUGGACUAAAGGGAGCCACGGGGCCAAAGGGUGCUACUGGAGAGUCGGGUUCCCCAGGUCUCAUGGGGAUGCCAGGAGAAAGAGGAAUCCAAGGCGUUGCAGGUCCAAAAGGAGAUGCUGGUUCUGUUGGAGAAGCAGGAAUGGAGGGUAAAGCCGGAGCUGAUGGUGCACGGGGUAUUGCUGGUGCUGUUGGCCCUCCUGGUCCUGUUGGACCCAACGGUGAGAAGGGUGAAUCUGGACCACCAGGACCUACUGGACGCCGGGGAACAAGAGGAGUGCCUGGAUCCACUGGAGAACCUGGAUCCACUGGUCCCAGCGGGUUUCCUGGUCCUGCUGGAGCUGAGGGCCAGCCUGGAGCCAAAGGAGAUGUCGGUGAACCAGGAAUGAAGGGAGAAGCAGGAGCUCCUGGACCACAGGGACUCGCUGGAAUCCCUGGCACACAGGGGCCGGUCGGUGUAACUGGACUGAAAGGUGGAAGAGGAACUCAGGGUCCAACAGGGUCCGCUGGUUUUCCUGGAUUUCCUGGAAGAGUCGGUCCUGCUGGAGCUGCUGGAGGUGUUGGUGCUGAGGGGCCCAUUGGUCCUCCAGGAAAGCCAGGAUCUCCUGGCAUCAGAGGGGAAAAUGGAGCUCAAGGAAGUCAAGGAGAGCGCGGGGCCCGAGGCCCAGCUGGUAGCCCAGGAGAGAAGGGCGACUCAGGAGAGGACGGUCCACCUGGUCCAGAUGGCCCACCAGGACCUGCUGGUACUGUUGGACAGCGGGGUGUUGUUGGUACACCAGGACUCAGGGGAGAGAGUGGCUUGCCUGGACCAUCUGGUCCUCCUGGUCCACCAGGAAAACCUGGAUCUCCAGGAGUCCAGGGGGGACCAGGAACUGCAGGCGGGGUCGGUUCACCAGGAGCCAAAGGACCAAGAGGAGAUCCUGGCCCUGAGGGCAUCUCAGGUGCAGAUGGACCUCCUGGGAAGGACGGCCUGCUGGGAGAGAGGGGUGCCAGAGGUGAUCCUGGUGCCGAGGGUCUGGCUGGUGCUGCAGGUUCUCCUGGUGAAGAAGGGUCUGUUGGCAUGACAGGCAGCCCAGGAAAGCCAGGCAAAAAUGGUGCUAAAGGCUCCCCGGGGCCCACUGGACAGCCUGGAAUACGAGGCAAAGUGGGACCUCAAGGUCCCCAGGGCGAGAAAGGUGCCCAGGGCGAUCAAGGAGAGCGAGGUCAGAAAGGCCACAGAGGUUUCGUUGGACUUGGUGGUUUACCUGGAAACACGGGAGCUGCUGGUGAGCCAGGGUCCACGGGUAUCGUUGGACCAGCUGGACCACGGGGUCCUCCGGGAGUAUCGGGCCCACCUGGAAAAGAGGGAAAUCCGGGACAUCCUGGAGCACAAGGAGCUCCUGGAAGUAGAGGAGCCAGUGGGGACACUGGCGCUCAGGGACCACAAGGGGAACCUGGUCCCCCCGGGCCUCCGGGUCCUCCUGGCCCCCCAUCUGCCCGAGGCGACAACCUCUUUGUGGCUCCAGCUGAUUACGAGAAUGUGGGUGUUCCUGAAGGUGAAGAGUUCAUCAAGGGAGAGCUGGAGGUGGAUCUCCCUCAGCCUCCAGAGUUCAACCAGGAUGAGGCCCGACCUAACAAGAGUCCGAACACAGGCGUCUACGCCUCACUCAAGACCCUCCGAGGUCACUUGCAAGACCUCCGGAGUCCCGACGGCAGCAAAAUGAAUCCCGCGAAAACCUGCCAGGACAUCAAGCAGUGCUACCCAGGGAAGAAGAGCGGUGAAUACUGGAUCGAUCCAAACCAGGGGAGCCCUAAAGAUGCCAUCAGGGUCUUCUGCAACAUGGAACUUGGAGAAACCUGCAUCUCCGCGAACCCCAACAGCAUUCCUCGCAAAUCCUGGUGGACCAAGUCGAGUCCGAGUGCCAACAAGCCAGUCUGGUUUGCAGCCGACAUGAACGGUGGAUCCAGGUUCCGCUAUGGGAAUCCUGAGGAGCUGCCAAAUGCAGCAGCAGUCCAACUGAAGCUGCUGCAGCUGCUGUCCAAAGAGUCGCACCAGAACAUCACCUACCACUGCAAGAACAGUGUGGCGUACAAAGACGGAAAGGGCAACAAUCUAAAGAAGGCGGUGAUCCUGCGAGCCUCCAAUGGUCAGGAACUGAGAGCUCAAGGGAACACCCGUCUGAAGUACACUGCGGUGCAGGACGGCUGUGCGAAGUCGAAGGGUCAGUGGAGCCAAACGGUGAUCGAAUACAGGACUCAGAAGCCGACCAGGCUGCCCAUCGUGGAUCUGGCACCCAUUGACAUCGGGAAGGCGGAUCAGGAGUUUGGUCUGGAUAUUGGACCGGUGUGCUUCUCAUAAUACACCAGCUGGAGAUGGACUUGAAUAAGAAAAUCAAUAGUUGCAAUGGAGGUUGGUGUAAUGGCUGGACAUUGUCGUAAUUUAUUCAUCUUUUUACAUCUAUAAUGGAAAUCAGGCGCAGAAAGGUGGUUGCAGAUGAACACCAGGUGCUAAAAUGUUCGCCAAUCAUGUCUUUAACAGCCUCAAAAUGUUUAUAAUGAAUACAACUCUUUGUUUUAUCGUCACUUACGCAUCUUUUUGUAAUCUUUGGAAACACUCUAGCAACCAAAGGGCUAUUUUAAAUCCUAAAUUAUUAUAAAGUUAGCAACACUUGAUUGGAUUUCAUAUGUUUAUUCGACAUAUGACUGUAAAUUGAAAAGUGUGUGUGCCUUGUUGACUGUGGCUGUGAAAUAAA